AUGGCGACGGAAGAUGAAGCUGCGCUGUUGGAGCCUCAUGAGGAGCCACUGACGACCAAGGGGACGCCGACUUUGGGCGGGAACAAUGCAGACAAGAAGAAGAAGAAGAGGCUUUUGCCAAUGGAGUUGCGGAAACAACGUCGGGUAGCAAAGCUCCAAGGAUUCGCUGAGCACAAGGCUCGAGUGCCUUUGGAACCGCUUCCUACUGCAACGGCAUCUGCCAGAUUGGCACCAGCGGAAGCAGGAAGUGGCUCGGACUUGCAGGUAGAUAUUGAAGAUGAAAAAGCGGUAGGUGUUGCUGGGUCAAAAACGGUGGAAGCAGAAACGUCUGCGCAGUUGUUGACUCGUGCGGAGAAGACGGCAACGCGUUUGGAUUCGCUGUACACAUCGUCACUCUCGGGGCAAAAGAGGCGACAGAGUCGUCCAGGUGCUAGCGUCCCGUACAUUUUUCAAGUUGCCAGUUUACCGCUGGAUGUCGUGCCGAAGACGAAAUUAUCCAUUCUCACCGCGUUUCCUUACCCCUUUACACGCGCCAAUUCGCGGCUCAAGAAACGAGCACUGGAGAGGUUUGUUACCGGCAGUGGGAACGAUGCCGCUCAAUCUGCUUCUCCAGUCAGUAAUGCCAUGCGAUGGCAGCAAUCAUUGUACUAUUUCUCGCACCCUGCAGAUUCAGUGCCAACAUCCAUGCUCCUUCGCCGUGCCGGUGGUGUCAGUUCUAGUGAUCUGCUGUCCGGAGGGCUGAAAGGCGAGCGCCAACGAGAGGAGACGGCGUUUUUUGCAGCACGUUGGAAUGCGUGGCAGGAAGCAUUUCGUGAUGUGUACAUGAGCUUUCGGCGGCAAGAGGAUGGUGCGUUUCGCGACUGUUCUUUCUAUCUUCGCUCCAGCGACUUUGUGGUUUACUUCCAGUAUGAAACUGGUAGGACGGAAGCAACAUGCGGUGGUGAGAGCAUACCAUCAAUUAUAAACUUGUGCCAGCAGCAUGACACGGAAGAAAUGUCCAUCAGAAGAGAGGCGAGGAUCAAGCGUGCCAAGAAAAGCCUUUGUGCGGUCAUGUCUCGGUCAAGCGGUCGAGUUCGCAAGGUAUUGCACCAUCUCAACGUUGCGUAUACCAUGCCAUACGUCAAUGCAACCGAGACGCAGCGCGAAGCCGGCGAGUUUUACAUGCUUGCCGAAGAGCGUGCAGCCACCCGCUCCAGAACCACACAUGGCGGUGAAGACACGACUGCUGCACCUAUAGCUCGCACUACCGCCUCGGUAGAGAAUAUGCAUGGCGCCGACUCGCUGCUCCUCUUUCACGGACACGAUGCAGUGCACGGACUCUACGAGUUCCUCAUCAACCAAGCGCCCAUGUCCAACCAAGACGUACCGGAGCUGUAUGCGUUGCACCCGUUUGUACGCGCUUCCAUCCAGAGUUUGCAAGUGACACCCUUUGGACCAGUUGAUGGCAUCCCAAAUGGCUCAUCUUUAGAAGCUCAGUUAUCGAAAUCCUCGACGCUUUUUCGGACCGAGAUUUCCGGGUUCUGUUUCCCAUCGAGCAUUGCAAGACUCCUUACGGUGCUCAAAGAUGAAUGGGAAGCAACGCAGCCACUUCAGGAUCCAGUGGCUUCGUGCUCGAAUGCAGAGCCUGAAAGCCGAAGGCCAGCCCGUCAAAUUGCGCUGCGCACGUACAUGGAAGCAGUGGCAGGUGCUGGGCGACUGAACGCCGUCAAUCUGACGAAGCACGUGGCAACAACGAAUGACCAACAGAGGCGUGAAAAGCGCCAGCAAGAGCUCGAGUUUGCCAAGCGGCGGCUCGAGGCCGUAAUCUUGGCGACGACGGAAAGUCGCUACGACAAAAAGGCCGAGGAUGUCGAGCGAGUCCCUCUCGAAAUGACCUUCCAGUCGACCAGGGCCCUCUAUACGAUCAUCAUGAUACUGUGUGAAGCCAAGCCGCAGACUCACUCUCGCUUCUGUUCCUCUUUCUCCUACUUAAAAGCAGUGGAAUCCUCAUCCGGACGCACGCACGUUCUCCUCUUCAUUUCGUCCACCGUGCUAAUCCUUCCCGGCACAAGUGCUACGACUUUGGACAGAAAGGUCGGUCGCUGUUGUCCGACGAUUGCGAAGGCGCUGCUGUUCCGCCUGCUGGGAUCGCAACAGCUGCAAGGCGCACAGCAGCUUCAAGCGCAGCUCGACACUUGA